CAAGUUGCGCCGCUGCUUUCAAUGUACAACGGCAUAGGUCUGCAGACAGCCCGAGGGAGUGGCACCAGUGGUUAUGUCCAACGUAACAAGUCCUACCUCCGACCUCAGAGGACCGACAUCAAGCCAUUUAGGGAGGCUGAGGCGGCUGCCCCUCCUAAGCCGAAGAAGGCCGACCCGGAGCUGAUUUAUCACAAUCAGAAGAGAGAGAUUGAGGUGAAGUUGCUGGACCUGCAGGAUACUUUACUAGAAUCCGGGGAGGAGGAGGAUAUAGUCCAGAAGAAGGUAGACAAGGAAAGACAGAAGCUAUAUAAGGAGCUCGAUGAGCGGAGGGCCGAGGCCGAGGCCCAUGGAGGAGAGCUCGAGGCCGAUCAAAUGGCGACGACACAUGAGUACCUUCAAAUGCAGCAACGACAAGCGGAGAGAGCAGCUAAAGCGUUCGGAAUAAACACUCGGAAUCAUGAAGAGGGAGUGGCAUUCGAUAAGGAUCGACAGCACCAACAGAAGUUACAACGUAUGAUGGAUGCCCAAGUUAGACAGGCGGAGCGGUGGGCAGCUCCAGGAGGGGAGAGUGGUGAUGAUAAUGGCGAGAUUAGGAGGGGGCAAAGGAACAAUCGACCACCGGCUAAGGCUGGCGAAUCGUGGCGGGACUUUGCAGAGCGCCGUAAAGGGAAGGGUUGGGCCGCUGGGGAGCGGCAGGAGACUGAGGAUGGUGCUAAGAGGAGGGAAGCCAAGCGUAGCAGAAAAGAAGAUAAAGUUCUGCAGCCUGAGAAGGAAUGAUGAUCCGUGUACUAUAGAGAGAGAGUUUACGUG